UACUUUCUCAACAUUCCCGGUACGCUACGCCCCGAAGUACCGCAGAAAAGCGCAGACUCGAGCCGCUGCCGCGCGCGCCCUGCCGAGGCCGCUCCCGUCUCUGGUCCCAUAAAGGGCGAGUCGUAUUUGGGAUAUUUUAUUUUUCCCCAAACAAAGAGGAGGUUUCUCCCACCGUCGACGUCGAACGGCCGAGUCGGGAGUUGACGCGGGAUAAGCGCGCGUGCAGCGGGGACGAGCGCGCAGGCCGCUCUGUGCUGCGCGAGCUCCGCGGAGAAGAAGCACAGCGCGCGGGGAUUCGUCGUCUUCUCCGUCGGCUCCACGCAGAAGAAUGUGUCGCCUGGUCGGGUUUCAGCUGUCGCUCCAUGGCCGACAGUAACAACAUGCUCCUGGCCUCCGUCGUGGUGGUCUGGGAAUGGCUGAACGAACACGGGCGGUGGCGGCCCUACGGCCCCGCUGUCUCCCACCAGAUCGAGGCGGCCAUCCGGAGCAGCGACCCCCGCGGAGGGAGCGUGGUCCUCGGCAAGGUGGAAAGCCGGCUCUCGCCGUACAUCAUAGAUCUUCAGUCCAUGCACCAGUUCAGGCAGGACACAGGAACCAUCCGUCCGGUGCGGAGGAGUUUUUAUGACCCGUCCUCGGCCCCCGGUCAGGGCUGGCAGUGGGAGUGGGAGAACGACGCGGGGACGUGGACGGCCUACGACAUGGAGGUGGCCAUCGCCAUCGAGAACGCCCACAGCCGGCAGCAGCCCUGCCUCGACCUGACGCCCAUCGGCUUCUGCUACCUCAUUGAUUUUCAGAACAUGACACAGGUGAACAGACAGAGCCAGAGGUGUCGCAGGCUGCAGAGGCGCGCUGACAUGUCCUACCCCCUCGUGUCCGGCGCCCUCCCAAUACCCAAAGGGGGCGCUGUCGGUGGAGGCUUAACAGGAGCCCUGCUCGGCGUCGGGGUUUCUGGGGUAAGCAUGGGGAUUGGAAGCUCCGCCCCCCCCAACGGGGGCGUCCAAACUCCUGGACUGUCCCAGGCGUGUUCCUGCCCGCAGUGCAUGCUGGUCUUCAGCGUGAAGACCAACACAGGAGGAGCAGGGAUACAGACUAUGGGCAGACGCUCGCUAACCAUGCAGCGGCCCAAGAACUUUGCACCGGACUCCUCUAAAGCUCUGAGUCCGUCUAAAUCCGCCACGCUGGGUCGAGGGCAGCAGCAGAACUCAAACGCCAACGCCAACUACUUUCAGACGCUGCCGCACGGCCUCGCCAUCUCCAGGAACAUCUCCUCUCCGAGAAGGAACGCCCAGCUCUUUGCCCAGUCGCUAGCCGCCCUCACCGCGGGCACCUCCUCUCUGGGUAUCUCCUCCAAUAGGCCGCCUCCUCCGUCCCUCCCGCCUCCUCAGCCUCCGUCAUCCAAACCCAACCUGAUCCCUCCGUCCGUUCCCGCCAAGCGCUCCUCCUCCUCCUCGGCCAACGAACCGGUGCCGACCGCCACAUUGGUUACGCCGGCCAGCAGCGUGACCACGCCCCCCUCUCCAGUGCCAUCUCCGUCGCCAAUGGUGAUGAAGCCGCAGCACUCGGUGCCAUCCGCGGGAACCGCGUGCCACGCCCCGUUGCCACAGAGAUCCAGCUUAGCUGGGCUGAGCAGACCAGCGCUACAGAGGAUUGCGAUGGCUCAGUCCAGAGCGCUCAUUGCAUCAGGCGUGCCCACCGUCCCAGUGAAGAACCUGAAUGGAUCCAGCCCGGUUCACCCUGCACUGGCCGGGAUCACGGGCAUCCUGAUGAGUGCUGCCGCUCUGCCCGUGUGUCUGACUAGACCUCCGAAACUCGUGCUGCACCCCCCGCCUGUCAGCAAGAGCGACGUCAAGCCCGUGGCAGGCUUUGGCCACUGCUGCAGGAAGACUACCAAGAAACAGGCUCGCAAGGGUAAAACUCCAGAGGAGGUGGUGAAGAAGUACCUGCAGAAAGUAAAAAGUCCCCCCGAGGAGGACUGUACCAUCUGCAUGGAGCCACUGGGGGGUCCGUCUGGGUACAAGGGUCCAGGCGUGGGGCCUGUGUCUCGGGCAGAGUCGGUCGGGCAACUCGCACAGUGUGGACACCAGUACCAUUUCCAGUGCCUGGUGGCCAUGUACAACAAUGGCAACAAGGACGGCAGCCUUCAGUGUCCCACCUGCAAAACCAUCUACGGCGUGAAGACGGGCAACCAACCGGCGGGGAAGAUGGAGUACCACGUCAUCCCUCACUCUCUGCCGGGGCACCCUGACUGCAAAAGCAUCCGCGUCAUCUACAACAUACCGCCAGGCCUUCAGGGACCGGAGCACCCAAGCCCAGGGAAGCCCUUCACUGCCAGAGGCUUCCCUCGACACUGCUACCUCCCAGACAGCGAGAGGGGGCGCAAGGUACUGAGACUGCUCCUGGUAGCGUGGGACCGUAGGUUGAUCUUCUCGGUGGGGACUUCGAGCACCACUGGAGAGUCUGACACCGUCAUCUGGAACGAGGUCCACCAUAAGACAGAGUUUGGCUCCAACCUGACGGGCCACGGCUUCCCAGACCCCGGACACCUGGACAACGUCCUGGAAGAGCUCCGUGCUCAGGGCAUCACAGAGGAGGUUGAUGGAGAAGUGAAAUGACGGGUAACCAGGGCGGAGGAGGAGGAGGGGCAGGACGAGCCCAAGGGAGAAGGAGUAGAAGAGACCACGAAAGGACAUAAACAGGAGGAGGAGAAGAGGAGGUUGGGGACAGAACACACUCUGCCAGCACGCAGGGGGACAUUUGGACACAGAAGACACAGAUCUAGUCUUCAGGAUGUGGACUGAAUGACUGCUGUCUCAGCUACCAAGGCCAGUCUGUGAGAACCUCUUCAAAGCAAGCACAUCAGCAGAUUGAGGAACGAGCAGCACACAAAGACGCGUUUUUAUAUACACAUACAUACAUGUGUGUGUGUGUACAUGUGCAUAUAUGUAUGUAUGGGUUGGUACUAAAAUGCAGAACAGAAACCAGUUCACUUUGCUGUGGGAGGGAGGGAGGAAACAGGAGAAGUUGGAGCACUUCAAUGAACACGGGUAGAGAACGGACAAAGAGAGACAGAAGCUGGGGCGGUGGGGGAGGGACGAGGGGGAGGGAACGCAGGACCACCGUAGCAGGAAGAGAUAAAGGUGGCGUAUGUAGCGCAGGAGAGAAGCGGAGUUCCACUAACGCGUAUGGUACUCACUAACAGGUGCGUAGUACAGACACGAUGGAACCAUGAAGGAUGGAGGGAAAGUCUGUGUGCUUGCUUUGUUCCAACUGUUUCUGGGGGGUGGGGUGUUUGGGGCUGUUGCUCCCCCCUGUGGUGGUACUGAUGAACUACACAUCGGCCUGUUACCCAGUUACUUUUACUAUAGUCUUCAUUUAACGUCGUUCCGUACUUUAGCUGUUGAUUUUAUGUGUUUUUACAUGGCCGAGUGUGUGUAUGUUUUUAUGACUGCGUGAAAUGACAAGAGACCAAAGUGAGGCCUGGUCAUUUGGGCCUAAAUGGAGUCUUACUAUUGAGCCGCUGUGGUACAAGUGUGGAUACACAGUUACCACCAUUUACUCAUACAUCUGCUUGUGUCCCUUUGACGGGUCACAUGAUCCAGUGGAUGUAAAUGUUCAGACAUCCUGUCGGCAAUGAGAAAAAGAGACGACGAGCAUUUUGCUGGUUGCCUUAAAGUGCUUACAGGCCCGAGAGUAGUGGGACGACCCAGUGCUGGUGUCAGAGCAUGAACGUCCCUCUGAGGGGACAGAGGGUCGGAGGGGACGGGAGUUGGUACGAAGGCAGACACAAUUCUGUUGAAUGUUGUAUGUUGCUACAAUGAAAAGCAAACCAAUAGAACAGACCUCCUAUUAUAUAGGCCACAUAUUUAGGUCCUGGUCAUUUAGACUGUUUAGAUCAGAACACAUCAUAACAACUGGACUCCUGGUUGGCUGGCAUCACUACAGUAGCUGAAAUCCAUCCAAUAAUAAUAGCAUGUGAAGCAGGAGGCUGUGAUUGUAGAUUCUCACUCAACAUGGAAAAUGGGAGGGAAAAUAAAAUUCCCUCUUGAGUCUUGAGACUUCGUUUGAAGUUAUUCUACCGUGCUUCUUUCUGUCAAAGCUCCCCAAGACAGAAAGCUCUCCAACUGAAAGGGCUAAGCUACUUUCAGGGUAAGAGGUAAUGCGAUCAACGCUACAGAGUACUGAAAACGAUAGUGAGCUUUUUGAAGUCACGUUAUUCUGCAGCCGCCCCAGAGGUGUUUGGGGAAAAUCCGUGUAGAAGAUCCACAACCUGAGAUCUUUAAUCUGUGCCAUGUGGACCUCAGAUAGAGUAGCAGCAUCGGGAGAAGAACUCACCUGUCCUCACCUCCACCCCCCCUGAUAACACACUGCCCAGACUAUUAAGGACCCCUUACCGCCUGUGUGUGUGUGUGUCUGUGUGUGAGAGAGACAAUAGAAUCUGUGUACUGUGUAUACUACCAACAUGCUCCAAGUUGAGGGUAAUAUUUCGGUACUUCAUGUUGAAUCACAUCAUCUUUAGUUCUGAUGAUGAUUGAUGAUGGUACUCCCCCUUUAUUAUUAUGCUUUAUGUAUGAAAUGUAGUUACAUCUUUGUUUUCAAUGACACUAUCAUAGAGUAAAAUGCCCUUUGUCUGUUGAUGUUGUAUUACAUUUGUUGUAUUAACUUUUCAUUUGUUCAAAUUGGUUUACAAAGACAGAAUUUUUCAACACUGCCAUUUUUUCUUUGUGUGCCGGAAGUUAAGUCCUCUUUUCUUUGAAAAUUAGUUUGACAAUGUAAAUGAAAUGUAAUGAAUAUACAUUUGCCUACUUUUAUUUUCUACAUAUCAAUUGUCCAGCUGCUGUACUGCGCUCACUGAAAGGUUUCGUAGCAGACGUGUUGAUGGACGUGUGGCUCUCCGUCUUCCUCUGUGUCUAUUCCUCUUAUUGCAGCAGAAUGGUGGCAGGGUCAAAAUGAUUAUUUUAAACCUUAUAAAGUAAUAAAAUCCCAAAUUGUUGUA